GUCCGAGAUUUUCAGGUAUCGACAGAGAACCGAAGCAAACAUGAGUCUCACCGACAACGACAUAGCCACCAUCAAGGCCAUCUGGCCCAAAAUCGCCAAGGUGGCGAAUGAAAUUGGUCCAGAUUCUCUGGCCAGGAUGCUGCGCAUCUACCCCCAGACCAAGAUCUACUUCUCCCACUGGUCAGACCUGAGCAUCGACUCCACCAAGGUCAAGGAGCACGGCGUGGUGAUCAUGAAAGGCCUGAGCUUGGCCGUGGAGAAGAUAAACGACAUGACCAACGGUCUGCAGGACCUCAGCCAGAAGCACGCCUUCCAGAUGAGAGUGGACCCGGGAAACUUCAAGUUGCUGUCCCAGUGCAUUCACGUGGUGCUCGCCAAGAGGUUCAAGGCAGAGUACACUCCUGAGGUUCACCUCGCCAUGGACAAGUUCCUGAGCAAAGUGGCCCUGGCCCUCGCUGAGAAAUACCGUUAACACGGAGGAGUUCAGACUGAGAACAACUACCCAAGCUCAAUUUAAAUGUUUGAGAAUGACAUAAAAUAAAUGAAGCAAAAUGCA